CGAAUUGUGUUCCAGCCGAAGCUCAUUCCAAUCCUGGCCGACUGGUCCAAAGCUCAGAAAAGGCUUAAAUCAAGGAAUUUGACUGCCCCAUCAAGCCUGAAUGGCGGCCACCGCCGCCGCAGCUUACUCAACAUUUGCUUUACCUUCAUCCCCACCUCCUGGUCUCUAUUCAUCUUCUCUCCCACGACUUCACCCCACAAACCCUAGCCUCACCAUUCGCCAUGCUAAGUUUGGUGGUUCGAUUAGAGAAGAAGCCGAAGGGAUCUUUGGAGGGAAUUUCAGAGAUGAGAUUAGGGCAGAGGAUGAGUAUGAUGGCUAUGACUCAGAGGAAGACAACGAAACUGAAAGCAGCAUAGAUUUGCUAAUUAGGUUCGUUCGGAGCAUUUUCAGGAAGGUGUCGAAGCGUGCCAAGAAGGCCACUUGCUCAAUCUUGCCUGACUUCAUUUCGCCGCAGCUAGUGUCUUUUGCGGUUGACGGUGUUUUGGUUUUGGCUUCACUUUCACUUUUGAAAGCAUUCCUUGAGGUUAUCUGCACAUUGGGUGGCACUGUAUUUGCGGUCAUCCUGCUGUUACGUGUGCUCUUGUCUGUGGUUGCUUACUUCCAGUCUAACAGUAAUGGUUUCAACCAAAAUGGAUCUUCAUAUGGCAAUGCCCAACCACUUAUAUAAUAGGGGCCAUGUCAGUUCAGUUGCAGAACUUUAAUGUGGGAGGGAAGGAGUAGUUUGUGAAAGUGCAAAAUUUGGGAGAAAAAUUUGGACAGAAACUCAGAGCUGUGGUUGAAUAUUUGAAUGUGAGAUUUUGUUGGGGAAUCAGGCGGAACAACACUGCGAAGUAGCGUUAUACAAUCGAUAUACGAAGAACGACUUGAUAGGCUUAGCGAAUUGCGUAUAAACGCUUUUAGGUUAA